AUGAUAGAGACAUUGCCCGUAGAGCUCAUUGGCAGGAUAAUAGGUGAACUGCACCUUGCAGAUGUUGUAAAAGUUUCACAGCUAUCCCGCCAAAUGCGGCUUGUGUCGUCUGACACACUCCUCAAUGUGUGGCGGCAACCCAUCCUUCGUGGCCUCCGAAUCGACAGCGACCAGUGUGACCCAACGCUCAAGCACCUCUCCGUCCAUUCAUGUGUGCCACGCCAUAAUUGGAUCGAAAUCCUCGCCAUCGCAAGUCCAGAAUUCAUCUUAUAUGACUCCACCUUGCCCAACCUUGCCAAUGCCGAAUGGAAAGAGGCUUUCCGCCGCCGUUUCCUUCCGUCAUGGUCCAAAGGGAAAGAGAGUACAUGGAAACGAGCAUUUAUGAGCAGUCUGCAUAUGGUAUGGCAUCGCAGUCGAACACCAUGCACGGUAACCGAGGCCUGGACGAAAUAUAUCGUGUUGAAUCGUAAUGGGUCCGCCAACCUGCUCGAAGUAUCGUCACGAAACUUCAACCCAACCAAUAUUUUGGAUAACUUGAGGCAUGGAACAUUUGUUGGGAUGCUACAACAAAAUACCUACCGGUUACCUCUGCGGGCCCGACUUGUUGUACAAUUUGCAGACGUCCGGAUUAUAGCAUUAGGUACCCUCGAUUAUCCAAGGUCUCAAUGGGCAGUCAAUUCGAACGCCAAACUCCUUAUGAAACCCCCAGAAAUCGGGAUCGCCGGACGACGUCGUAGCCUUAGUGUCUUGACACACCCGACUCCCGCCGCUACUCAUGCUCGCUAUCCUUUUUGCGAAUCAUCGCCUCCGUCAGAAGAACCCGGGUUGGAGUGGGUCGGCGGAUUGAUGAUCGUAGCUCAGAUAUGCAGCUGCCCAGUUGAUCACGAGGAAGUGGAUGAAGAACUGCUCAAAGGCGCCGGUAGGCAGCAGUAUGCUUCUUUUUCUUGGGAAGAUCUGUGGGCUGUUGCACCAUGGCUCAGAGAGAGCAUUACUCGUUGCAUUAAUGGGCAGGGUCUAGGAAACUAG